GCGUGAUCAUGCACGAGAUGACGUCAAUCGACCUUCGCCUUUCAUACGCAUCAAUGUCACAUUCGACUUCCACCCAUCCCUCUGAAUGCAGAGGAUGCAAUGCAACGCUGGUUUCUUGAAAUUCCACAUCUUUUAAAGGAAAGUACCCAAAUCCAGACUUAACUUUGAUUCUUUCGUUUUGAUCUCUCUUGAGUCGGCUUUGAAUCUACCAAGUUGGUCCUCGUGUUACAGCAGCAGGAAGGCCCCUCACAUCUCCUGUCCUCCGCUAUGUCUUCGAGACCAGACAACCAGAGAUCACUGUCGCACAUGGCAGAUACUAUCCCCGAGGAUCUUACACCUGAUAAUCAACAGCGUCGCAGAACCAGCUCUGUCGACUCGGACAUCUCACAUUACCUCCACUAUGAAGACAACGAUAGUUUCUUUCCACCCAGCGUCUUGGGGGAGAAACCUCCCACUUCUCGAAGCAACGAUCCGAAUCGACCUUUUAUGGGAGAGCGGUAAGGAUUAAAAUGAGGGAGGACUUUAACAGUCAUUGUUGCUGGACUUGUCAAGAUUGUCCUGUCAAUUAGAAUUAGUGGUUGGUUUGGAAUUAUCAUGAUGUUCAUUUUGAUUGUCUAUUUCCUUUUCUUUUUUGUUUUACUUGGUCUACACAUGGUAUCCUCACGGCCUAGGAUUCAGGAAUGUUACCCACUACCUACCAGUGGAACACGACAUAUGAAGUGGGAUUCAAGUCAGCUGGACAGGGUGUGAAUAUUCCACUGCCUGUCUUAUUGCCAAGUCUCAAUCAUCCCGCAUCUUAUAGCCUAUGCCCAUGGACGCAGAUCCACAACUAAGCCAUCAUACCCUGCACUGGUGGCUGUUUUGAUCCCUGGUGGGGCCCACAUUGAUCAUUGAAAAAAGCUCUCGGGACGACGGCUGCCAUAGGACCCGUUAAUUCGCAUCUGACAUGCAUCGAUCCUCAUCGCGGGGAUCUUAU